UAUAAAAAAAAACUAAUCAAUAAUUUAGCUAGCUUUGCUAUCGCUAUCCUGAUACAUCAUGUUGCAGUACAAUACCAGACUACCCAAUCACACGGGGCUACGGCAUCGAUAGAAAAACAAAAGUUGCUGCUCCAAUCCAGAGCACAUUGACAUUUGUCAAUGACCAAACCAAAAGCAUAACAGUUCGGGGAAAAAAAAAGAACAAGAGAAUAUCAUGGCUGAAGGAUAUAUAUGUAAUACAUUCAACUUGGUCUGAGUAAGCAGAAGCUCCAAUGGCUUCCCAGCUACCCUCCCUCGCGGCGUCAGCAGGCCUCUGCUUGCUCUCGGUGCUCGCGGCGGCGCUGCUGGCGGUGACCCUCUACAUCCUUGCCGUCGUGGCGUCCUUCGCCGUCUUCUGCGCCAGGGAGUUCGCCCGGAGAGACCAGGACCGGGACCGGCCGCCGCUCGUCGGCACCGUGUUCCGGCAGCUCAACAACUUCCACAGGCUGUUCGAUGAGCAUGUGAAUUACGCGCUGGCGCAUCCCACCAGCAGGCUUGUGUACCCUGGGCACAGCGAGUUCUACACCGCCGACCCGGUCAUCAUCGAGCAUGUCCUCAAGACCAGCUCCAGUAAAUACAGCAAGGGGAUCUUCAAUUAUAGCGUCAUGAAGGAUCUCUUUGGGGAUGGGAUUUUUGCAGCUGAUGGGGACAAGUGGAGGCACCAGAGGAAGCUGGCAAGCCAUGAGUUCUCAACCAAAGUGCUACGUGAAUUCAGCAGUGUUGUGUUCAGAACAAAUGCUAGGAAGCUGGCAGAUAAAAUAUCCUCUGCAGCAACUAGUGGAACUAUUAUAAACAUGCAGGAGCUUUUGAUGAAAACAACUAUGGAUUCCAUCUUCAAAGUGGGAUUCGGAUUCGAGCUGAACACACUAUCUGGAACAGAUGAAUCUAGCAUUCAGUUCAGCGAUGCAUUCGAUGAGGCAAACUCUCUUGUUUACCACCGAUACGUUGAUCUAUUCUGGAAGCUGAAAAGGUAUUUUAAUAUCGGAUCAGAAGCCAAACUUAAGAGGAACAUUCAGAUCAUUGAUGACUUCGUGAUGAAGUUGAUCCAUCAAAAGAGAGAACAAAUGAAUGGACAAGAUAAUAGAGCUAGAGAAGACAUACUAUCAAGAUUCAUAAUACAGAGCAAAACGGACCCUGAGACAAUGAAUGAUCGGUACCUGCGUGACAUAGUCCUCAACUUCCUGAUCGCCGGAAAAGACACAACUGGGAACACUCUCACCUGGUUCUUUUAUAUGCUCUGCAAGAACCCUUUAGUGCAGGAUAAAGUUGCCCUUGAAAUCAAUGAGUCAGUUGAGUGGGCCAGGGAAGAUAACAACACAGAGGACUUCACUGCAAGAUUGAACGAAGGUGCUAUUGACAAAAUGCACUACCUCCACGCUGCAAUCUCUGAGACACUACGGCUAUAUCCAGCUGUUCCAUUGGAUGGUAAGAUGGCAGAAGAAGAUGAUGUACUACCUAAUGGUUAUAGAGUGAUAAAAGGAGAUGGGAUGAAUUACAUGAUUUAUGCAAUGGGGAGGAUGACAUACCUCUGGGGUGAAGAUGCUGAAGAUUUCAGGCCUGAAAGAUGGCUUGUGAAUGGAGUCUUCCAGCAAGAGAGCCCUUACAAAUUUGUAUCCUUCAAUGCGGGACCCCGUAUUUGCUUGGGGAAGGAGUUUGCAUAUAGGCAGAUGAAGAUCGUGGCGGCCACCCUGAUACACUUCUUCAGGUUCAAACUGGCAGAUGAAUCCAAGGAUGCUACAUACAAAACAAUGUUCACCCUCCACAUGGAUAAAGGCCUCCAUUUGCAUGCAUACCGCCGUUCAACUUGAACUGCCAGACAAGCUAUUGUAUACUUUGUUACUGAUGGAAAUAUCUAUGUAUUCCACAACUAUACUAUGGUGAAUAAUAUUAUACUCCAAUUGCCAUCUCAAAGGAUGAAAGGGAACCAAACAUUGGCACCA